AUGAACUGCUUAACGCCGCAACUCCCCGAUUGGCCAGUGUUCUGUCAGUCGCUGAUUCGACCGUCUAUUACGUGGAGCGUCCGGCCGUACUUUACAAAUAGAAUUAUGAUGGACUUGAAGAUGGCCGAGAAAUUUUGGGUUGUUGCUCUCUCUGAUAUGCGGGUAGAUUUGGAGGACGGAGCGUUGAUAGCUUCCCCAUUUCCAUGGACUGCACCUCAUCUGUUGAGGCUGAACUUUUGUACUCUCAGUCUUGUCUUGUUCGCUUCGGCAAAUGGAUACGACUCGAGUAUGAUCAACUGUCUGCAGUCGCUGCCUCCUUGGGUAUCCUUCAUGUCGAACCCGGUAGGAGCCUGGCUGGGAUUUAUCACCAUUGCAUACUGGAUAGGAUUGCUUCUGGCUUACACUGUUGCUCCAUACAUAUCCGACCGGUUCGGGCGAAGGCUAGGGCUAUAUAUUGGGCUUCUAUUUGUGACUGCCGGAGCGAUACUACAAGGACUCUCGCCGAAUCCGGCGGGCUGGGUUGUUGGACGUGGUCUGGCAGGGUGUGCAGCCUGCUUUUGGAGCUGCAAUGCUCCAGUCCUCAUCAGCGAGAUUGCAUAUCCCUCGCAUCGAGCAAUCGUUAGCUCUUUUUAUCAGUGUGGCUACUAUGUUGGAAGUACCCUCGCUGCCUGGAUUAUAUACGGCACGCUGGGUAAUUCUUCCUCAUGGAGCUGGCGGAUUCCCUCGUUGUUGCAACUCAUUCUACCACUGUGUGCACUGCCUGGUCUUCUGCUCUGUCCAGAGAGUCCCCGAUGGCUAUUAUCGCAGGAACGGGCUGAGGAGGCCCACGCAAUUCUCACAAAGUGGCAUGCUGGGGGUAAUGGGAACAGUCAACUUAUCUCUCAGCAAAUGAAUGAGAUUCAGACUGCGCUCAAAGCUGAGACCGAGUCUGUACAGCGCACAAGCUACCUCGAUAUGCUGAAGACGAAGGCCAAUCGCCGCCGUCUCGUAAUCACGCUGUCUAUAGCCCUGUUCAGCCAGUGGGCAGGAAAUGGGGUUGUCUCGUUCUAUCUUACAAAGGUCCUCCAAACCGUUGGCAUAACCAAGUCAAGCGAGCAACUUGUCAUUACAGCUUGCCUUCAGAUAUGGAAUCUUAUCUGCGGAAUUGGCGCGGCCCUUCUGGUGGACUUAGUGGGCAAGCGAUCUCUGUUCCACGCAUCGGCAAUCAUCAUGAUCAUCAGCUAUGUUAUGAUAACAGCGUUCUCGGCGAGCUUUGCAGAGCAUCAUGAACGCUCGGUGGGGAUUGCUGUGAUCCCCUUUCUGUUCAUUUACUUUGCCGGUUACGGCAUUGCCCUGACCCCGUUGCUCAUUGCAUAUCCCUGUGAGAUAUGGCAAUUCAGUCUCCGUACCCGGGGGCUUAGUAUCACAUGGAUUGCAUCCUGUCUGUUUGCCUCGUUCAACUCGCUGGUCAAUCCAAUCGCGCUCGAAAACAUUUCAUGGAAGUACUAUUUCGUAUUUCUGGCUGUCCUUAUUCUAUACAGCAUAACUGAGUACUACAUGUACCCCGAAACGAAAGGCCGUUCGUUAGAGGAGAUCCAAACGCUGUUUGAGAGCGAAAAUCUCGAGCCGACGUCAACCAGGGCGACUGACUAA